GCUCGCGCCCCUCUUGCUCACAUCGAGGCUGGCUUCUCACUGGAAGCCUCGAGCUGCAUUCCUCUCCAUUCACAGGAAGGGAGCCGGCGUGGUGAGCGCACUAGUAGUCCGUGACGAGUGAAAAUGUCCUUAAGUUUUGGAAUUUAAUCAUGGCAUGAAUAUCUAACCCAAGGAUCACUUAAAUUUGGUUCUCACCCGUGCUGCUGUGGAUGAUGCUCUGGAUGAAAACUCAGAACACAGAGAGAAAGACACUGGAUAAAUAGGAGCUUUCCCCCUCUUCCCCUCGGCCCAUCCAUCCUCCUUCCAGGGGAAUAUAAGCUAGGACAUAAACAGAUCAGGACUAGGUGACGGAGUGAACCCACCCACCUUCCCCAUCCCUUCCCCCAGACUUGUCUCCUGCAACCCCCAGAUAUGUGGCCCCUAUUGAGGUCACUCGUUGCCCCUCGCCUGGGGAACCUGCUCCUUCUGGGGGUGCUGGUCCUCUUGACAGUCCCGUCCUUGACCAGAGGUCAACCCCAGCCCUUCAAAUCCUUCUCCCCACCAGACUGGGGGCUGACACACCUGGCCAUUCACAACAAGACGGGUGAGGUUUACGUUGGCACGGUCAACUGGAUCUUCAAGCUCUCUAGCAACCUUACCAAGCUGCGGAGCCACAUGACUGGCCCCGUGGCGGAUAACGAAAAGUGCUAUCCCCCGCCCAGCGUCCAGUCGUGCCCCCACGACCUUGCCCAGACCAACAACGUCAACAAGUUGCUUCUCAUCGACUAUGCCCAGAACCGACUCAUCGCCUGCGGGAGCACCUCCCAGGGAAUCUGUCAGUUCCUCAGGCUGGACGACCUGUUCAAACUGGGUGAGCCGCACCACCGUAAGGAGCACUACCUGUCCAGCGUGACCGAGUCUGGCACCAUGUCUGGGGUCAUCAUCACAUCCCAGCACAGCCCCGCCAGCAAGCUCUUCAUCGGCACACCCAUUGACGGCAAGUCCGAGUACUUCCCCACGCUCUCCAGCCGCAAGCUGAUGUCCAACGAGGAGAACGCUGACAUGUUCAGCUUUGUCUAUCAGGAUGAGUUUGUCUCCUCGCAGCUCAAGAUCCCUUCGGACACUCUCAGCAAAUUCCCUGCAUUUGACAUCUACUAUAUCUACGGCUUCAGCAGCGAACAUUUUGUCUACUACCUGACCAUGCAGCUGGACACUCAGCUCACUUCGCCUGACGCCUCUGGUGAACAGUUCUUCACAUCCAAGAUUGUCCGCCUCUGUGUGGACGACUCAAAGUUCUACUCGUACGUGGAGUUCCCCAUCGGCUGCACCAAGGAUGGGGUGGAGUAUCGUCUCGUCCAGGACGCCUACCUCAGCCGUCCCGGCAAGCAGUUGGCUGACUCCUUAGGAAUUUCCGAAGACGAGGACAUCCUGUUCACUGUGUUCUCGCAGGGCCAGAAGAACCGGGCCAAGCCACCCAAGGAGUCAGCCCUGUGCCUGUUCACACUGCGCCGCAUCAAGGAGAAGAUCAAGGAGCGCAUCCAGUCCUGCUACCGGGGAGAGGGGAAGCUCUCACUACCCUGGCUGCUCAACAAGGAACUGGCCUGCAUCAACUCACCUCUCCAGAUCGAUGACAACUUUUGCGGCCAGGACUUUAACCAGCCGCUGGGUGGGACCAGCACCAUAGAAGGAAUACCGCUCUUCAUCGACAAGGAGGACGGCAUGACCUCGGUGGCCGCUUACGAUUACCACGGCAACACCGUGGCCUUCACAGGCACACGCAACGGCAGAAUGAAGAAGAUCCUGGUUAACUCAGUGAGUCCCACGCAUCCUGCUCUGCUCUAUGAGAACCUGGUUGUGAGUGAUGGCUUCAGCCCCAUCCUUCGAGACCUGCUCUUCUCUCCUGACCUCCAGCACAUCUACAUACUCUCCGACAAACAGGUGAGCAGGGUACCAGUAGAGAGCUGUGAGCAGUACACCACCUGUGGCCAGUGCCUGGGCUCCAAAGACCCCCACUGUGGCUGGUGUGUCCUCCACAACAUGUGUUCCCGUAAGGACAGAUGUGAGAAAGCAGAUGAACCCCAGCGGUUUGCCUCAGACCAGCAUCAGUGUGUGGAGCUCAGUGUUCACCCCAAGAACAUCUCCGUCACCAUGUCCCAAGUCCAGCUCGUGCUGGAGGCGCGUAACGUCCCUGACCUCUCUGCGGGAGUCAACUGCUCCUUCGAGGGUUACGUGGAGACGGAUGGGCACAUCCAGGGGAGCCUCAUCUACUGCCUGUCCCCCUCGGCCCACAACGUCAUCCCCAUUACCCGAAACAAAGGAGACAAGCGCAUGGUGAAGCUCUACCUCAAGUCCAAGGAGACAGGCAAGACGUUCGCCGGCGUGGACUUUGUAUUCUACAACUGCAGCGUGCACUCGUCGUGCCUGUCGUGUGUGAACGGUUCCUUCCCGUGCCACUGGUGUAAGUACCGUCACAUCUGCACCCAGAACGCCAGCGACUGCUCCUUCCAGGAGGGCCGCGUCAACAUGUCCGAGGACUGUCCCCAGAUCCUGCCCUCUACCCAGAUUUACAUCCCUGUGGGUGUGACCAAGCCAAUCACCCUGGCCGCCUGCAACCUGCCCCAGCCCCAGUCUGGCCAGAAGAACUACGAGUGUGUGUUCCACGUGCAGGGAGAGGAGCAUAGCGUCACCGCACUGCGCUUCAACAGUACCAGCAUCCAGUGUCAGAAGACCUCGUAUAACUAUGAGGGUAAUGACAUCAGUGACCUGCCCGUGGACCUAUCUGUGGUGUGGAACGGCAACUUUGUCAUCGACAACCCCUUCAACAUCCAAGCUCACCUGUACAAGUGCCCUGCUUUGAGGGACAGCUGUGGCAUGUGUCUGAAGGCUGACCCCAGGUUUGAGUGUGGCUGGUGUGUCCAGGAGAAGAAGUGUUCUCUGAGGCAGGAGUGUGUCCCGCUGGAGAGUAGCUGGAUGCAUGCCACCACCGGCAACAGCCGCUGUGCCCACCCCAAGAUCAGCAAGUUGUCUCCAGAGACGGGUCCCAGACAGGGUGGAACCAUGCUGACCAUCACGGGGGAGAACCUGGGUCUGCAGUUCAAGGACAUCCAGACGGGGGUCCGCAUCGGCAAGGUGGCCUGCACCCCCGUGGAGGCAGAGUACAUCAGCGCUGAACAGAUCGUGUGUAAGCUGGCUGAUGCGACAGGUUACCGUGUGCAGGAGGCUCAUGUGGAAGUAUGUGUGAGGGACUGCACACACACCGACUACAAAGUCGUCUCACCCAAGGCCUUCACUUUUGUGUCUCCCUAUUUCACACGGGUACAGCCCUCCAAGGGCCCCCUCUCGGGGGGAACUCGCAUCACCAUUGAGGGGAGCCACCUCAACGCUGGCAGCGCUGUGGCGGUCAAGAUCGGCCUCCAUCCCUGCCGCUUCGAGAGGCGGAGUGCCAGGGAGAUGGUGUGUGUGACCCCGGCGGGUCAGAGUCCUGGAGGUACCCCCGUCAUGGUGGACAUCAACUCAGCUGAGCUCAGAAACCCAGAGGUCAAAUUCAACUACACCGAUGACCCCACCAUCUUCAAGAUCGAACCUGACUGGAGCAUCGCUAGUGGCGGCACCAUGUUGACCGUCACCGGCACCAACCUGGCUACCAUCAAGGAGCCCAAGAUGAGAGCCAAGUAUGGGAAAGUCCAAUCUGUCAACAACUGCACAGUGCUCAGCAACACCGUGAUGAUGUGUCUGGCGCCCUCUCUGGCCUUCUCUGAGAAGGGUUUCUCAGAGACAGGCACUAAUCCCGACGAGAUCGGCUUCGUCAUGGACAACGUGCGCGCCACGCUUGUGGUCAAUGAGACGUUCAGCUUCUACCCAGACCCUGUGAUCGAGCCGCUCAGUUCCACGGGGCUGCUGGAGCUCAAGCCCAGCUCCCCGCUCAUCCUCAAGGGUAAGAACCUGAUCCCGGCAGCCCCUGGUAACUCUCGUCUUAACUACACGGUGCUGAUCGGUGAGAAGCCCUGUGUCCUCACCCUGUCAGAGAGCCAGCUGCUCUGUGAGUGGCCCAACCUCACCGGAGAACACAAAGUUACCGUACGUGUGGGGGGAUUUGAGUACUCCCCCGGUACCCUCCAGAUGUACUCUGACAGCCUGCUCAGCCUGCCUGCCAUCAUCGGCAUUGGAGGGGGCGGUGGCCUGCUGCUAUUGGUCAUCAUCGCCGUGCUCAUCGCUUACAAGAGGAAGUCACGGGAUGCCGACCGCACGCUGAAACGCCUGCAGUUACAGAUGGACAACCUGGAGUCUCGAGUGGCGCUGGAGUGCAAGGAGGCCUUUGCAGAGCUGCAGACAGACAUCCAUGAGCUGACCCAGGAGCUGGACGGAACAGGCAUCCCCUUCCUGGAAUACAGGACCUACGCCAUGAGGGUCCUCUUCCCCGGGAUCGAGGACCACCCUGUGCUCAAAGAGAUGGAGGUCCAGGCCAAUGUGGAGAAGGGUCUCACCCUGUUCGGCCAGCUGCUCACCAAGAAGCACUUCCUGUUGACCUUUAUCCGCACGCUGGAGGCUCAACGCUCCUUCUCCAUGCGCGACCGCGGCAACGUGGCAUCGCUGGUCAUGACUGCGCUCCAGGGAGAGAUGGAAUACGCCACAGGGGUGUUGAAGCAGCUGCUGUCUGACCUCAUUGACAAGAACCUGGAGAGCAAGAACCACCCCAAGCUACUGUUGAGAAGGACGGAGUCGGUGGCUGAGAAGAUGCUCACCAACUGGUUCACGUUCCUUCUCUACAAGUUCCUCAAGGAGUGUGCUGGGGAGCCGCUGUUCAUGCUGUACUGUGCCAUCAAGCAGCAGAUGGAGAAGGGGCCUAUAGACUCCAUCACAGGAGAGGCGCGCUACUCGCUCAGUGAGGACAAGCUCAUCAGACAGCAGAUUGACUACAAGACCCUGACCCUACACUGUGUGAACCCGGAGAAUGAGAACGCCCCGGAGGUGGCGGUAAAGGGGCUGAACUGUGACACGGUGACCCAGGUGAAGGAAAAGCUGCUUGAUGCUGUGUUGAAAGGAAGCCCUUACUCCCAGAGACCCAAGGCUUCAGACAUGGACAUGGAGUGGCGUCAGGGAAGGAUGGCCAGGAUCAUUCUCCAGGAUGAGGACGUCACCACCAAGAUAGACAAUGACUGGAAGAGACUCAACACACUGGCCCACUACCAGGUGACGGAUGGCUCAGUGAUAGCCCUCGUGCCCAAGCAGAACUCUGCCUACAACAUCUCCACCUCCUCCACCUUCACCAAGUCCCUCAACAGAUACGAGAGUAUGUUGAGGACGGCCAGUAGUCCAGACAGCCUGCGUUCUAGGACCCCCAUGAUCACGCCUGACCUGGAGAGUGGUACCAAGCUGUGGCACCUGGUCAAGAACCACGACCACUCGGACCAGCGUGAGGGCGACCGUGGCAGCAAGAUGGUCUCUGAGAUAUACCUGACCAGGCUAUUGGCUACUAAGGGUACAUUGCAGAAGUUUGUGGACGACCUGUUUGAGACCAUCUUCAGUACGGCCCAUCGAGGCAGUGCCCUGCCGCUUGCCAUCAAGUACAUGUUUGACUUCCUGGACGAGCAGGCCGACAAGCACUGCAUCUCUGACUUGGAUGUACGGCACACCUGGAAGAGCAACUGUCUUCCUCUGCGGUUCUGGGUGAACGUGAUCAAGAACCCCCAGUUUGUGUUCGACAUCCACAAGAACAGCAUCACGGACGCCUGUCUGUCUGUGGUGGCCCAGACCUUCAUGGACUCCUGCUCCACCUCAGAACACAAGCUGGGCAAAGACUCACCCUCCAACAAGCUGCUCUACGCUAAAGACAUUCCCAACUACAAGAACUGGGUAGAACGGUACUACUCCGACAUCUCGCGGAUGCCCGUCAUCAGUGACCAGGACAUGAGUGCGUACCUGGCGGAGCAGUCGCGGCUGCACCUCAGCCAGUUCAACAGCAUGAGCGCCCUGCAUGAGAUCUACUCCUACAUAGUCAAGUACAAGGACGAGAUUCUGACGGCUUUGGAGAGGGACGAGCAGUCGCGGAGGCAGAGACUGAGGAGCAAGCUGGAGCAGGUCAUCAACACAAUGGCCCUGGCCAGCUGAGGACUGACCCUUGCUCUCCUCCUCAUCUCCAUCUUCCUCUCUUUCUCUCCUCACCCAGAGGAAUUUAAACUCAGACAGCGUGGUUUUCAACCCCCCCCAAAACAUGUGAUGUAGCUACUGCAAAGGACAGAACAGGAGGGAUUCAGCAGUACUGGGCGGGUGUGUGUGUGAAUGUGUGUAAAUGCGUGUCUAUCUAUAUGUGUGUGUGUGUGUCUAUGUCAGACCAAGGCACUGGAUGUUUCGUCACACACACACCAAGAGACAGCAUCACCGGAAAGCAUUUUGAUUAUCGGUGCCGUUGUCAUGUUUUUAAUUAUUUUCUGUCGGUUUUCCUGAGUUUUGGCGUCGCAAAGCCCUGUAUCUUAUAGCCAGGAUGGGACAUUUGAAGUGGAAUUCCAUUUUGGCAUCACAAACAGGACAUAACAUUGUUUGGCAUCCUUGGAGCCAAUGGGAGAUAAGCUCCUCAGGUCACAUGUCUCCUGUUGGAAUCGAAGAUCAAUGACUUUCCUUUUUUUUCCUCCAUUUUUGUUGUAUUAUUUUUUGUAAUAAACUGCCCACUGAUCUCUCGC